AUGAACAAGCUGAUUGAAUUUGGAAGGAAAGCUCUAUUCUAUGCGAGGGUUCUUUCGGGCUACGAAGAACGGAGAAUCCGAUCGUUUCGGUUGGAGGUUGAAAAGCGUCUGAAAGAGGCAAAUGAGCGGAAGUUAGCCAUAAGAAAGAUCCCUGAGCAAACAAUUUUGUCGGAGGUUCGUCGUAUGGUUGAGGAGAUGAAAACUUUAAAUAGGAAGCUGGAAGAAACGGAAGCUGCUAUUGAAGAGUACUUCAAGCCGAUUGACAAAGAGGCUGAGAUGAUAAUGAAAACACAACUUGAAGGAGAGGAGAGGACAAUGAAGGAGAUGAUGAAAGCCAUGCAUCAACAGGCUUUGCUUGAGAAAGCUGAAGCGGAGAAAACAGCAGCAGCACAAAAUUUGGAAACAAACCAGAAGAACCAAGACUCAAGACCCAAGACCCAACAUCUGCCACCGCCCCCAUGA